AUGAAUGUUGGUUUUCAAGGCACUGCGUGUGAUGUAAGCUUAGAAGGAAACAAUGAAGUGGCCACAGAGAAUGCGAAAUGCGAGUGUUGCGGAAUGUGCGAGGAGUGCAGCGAGGAGUACAUAGGGCGCGUGCGUGAGAUGUUCUGCGGGAACAUGAUAUGCGGAUUGUGUGCUGAAGCUGUGGAUGUGGAGAUGGAGAAGAAUGGUGGGAGAAGAGAAAAGGCUUUGGAAGAACACAUGAACGAUUGUGUGAGGUUUAACUGGCUUGGUAGGUCGUAUCCUGCGUUGUAUCAAGCUGAAGAUGUGAAGGAGAUCUUGAAGAAGACUUUACGAUGCAGCAGAGCCAUGUCCACCACUUCUAAGGAUUAA